UUUAAAGGUGGGUGUGGGGCUUUUGAGCCAUUUAGGGAAGACAACCUUGUUGAGGUGAGGUGAGGUGAAGCGUAGCUAGCUAGUGAUAUGGGAAGACAACCUUGUUGUGAUAAGUUAGGCGUCAAGAAAGGGCCAUGGACGGCUGAGGAAGAUAAGAAACUCAUCAACUUCAUCCUCACCAAUGGCCAGUGCUGCUGGCGAGCUGUCCCUAAGCUCGCCGGUCUCCUCCGCUGUGGCAAGAGCUGCCGCCUUCGUUGGACUAAUUAUCUCCGUCCUGACCUCAAGAGAGGCCUCCUUACUGAAGCUGAAGAACAGUUGGUCAUCGACCUCCAUGCCCGUCUUGGAAACAGGUGGUCUAAGAUUGCUGCAAGAUUGCCGGGAAGAACUGAUAAUGAGAUUAAGAAUCACUGGAAUACCCACAUCAAGAAAAAGCUUACCAAGAUGGGAAUAGAUCCAGUCACCCAUGAACCCAUCAAUAAACCAUCAACUACUACUACUACUACUAGCUCACAGGAGACACCUUCUACAGUGGAUCAUCAACAUCAUGAGCCAGAGUCUGAAAACCUUCGACCACCGUCACCGGAGAAAUUAGAUGAAAGCCAUGCAACAUCGGAGGAAAAUUCAAGCUCAUCACCACCUGAAACUUGUUGGGGAGCUGAGACUGGAUCUACUACUUCUGAUAAUAACAGGGAUGAUGACCCAUUAAUGAACAUCCUAUGGGAGAAUGAUGAUACACCUUUUCUCGACGUGUCUUGGGAUUUUCCGGCAUCGCCGUCUGCCGGAAACACCAUUAACAAUGUUCAUAUGUCACCGUGGGAGGAGAAUUGUGCGAAUUGGUUGUUGGACUGUCAAGACUUUGGGUUUGAGGAGUUUGGUUUUGGUUGUUUCAACGACGUACUAGACAUGAGCGUGAACAUUAACACGUUGGACAUGGGUGAUCACAAGCUGAUCUAACUUGCACCACGUCAGUGACAAUGCGUAACAUCACGAAGCACAAAAGGGGUUCACUUUCGACCUUUGGAGACUUGAUUGAUUUUUAUUUGUCAAGGAUGAGUUAAAAAACUAAGGGGUCCUUCACCCACCUCAAUGAAAAGCAGAGAAAGGAACACAACAUCAAAAGGUGGCUAAAGCAGCUCACUUUUAAAGCAUGCUGUGUGUUUAAUUAGGGUUUAUACUUAUAGUGUUACAAUAUAGAAAUGUUCAGAUGGGUCUUGUGAAUGUGAGACUCUUGUAUAUAUCAUAUAUGUACCUUAAGAAGAAAAAAGAAGAAUAAAUUAAUUAAAGAAAAAGUUCUUUUUCUCUA